AUGCUUCUAAAAUAUGAAUCAACCGCGAUUAUUCAGUUGUAUGAAACAGGUAUUCUUGCAGAUAUUGAAUUAAUUGAGAACAAAUUAUUCAAUCUCGAAUAUGGAAAGAUCCGAGUGUUUACAAAUCAAAAGAAAGAAUUUGAAAAACCAAUUCAUUUACUUCGAUACUUUCAAGGACUCUCAUCGAUCGAAAUAAAUCAAUGGGAAACAUUAUUCAAGUCUCGACAUCGAUGGUUUCAACCCGACAGCAAUCUUUUAGAAAGAAAUCAAAGAGUCACAAAUGCUUAUCUAAUUAUUCGUGAUCUUGUUCAACACAAAAAUGGUACAUCAACUACUUAUUAUAAAUGUGGAAAUAUCAUCGGAGCUGAUGCCUUUCGAAUGGAUCUUAUUAUGCAAGUUGUGAACUCGUGGAAACAUUUGUGA